ACAUGCUUGCAUUUCUUCCACCUAACUUUUCCAGGAGAAAUGGAGGUUGAUCAUAUUGUCUGUUCUUUAAUGUUUUUUGUAAUAAGUAUUGUACAUUCAUCUGCAGCACCUGCUCUUUUUGCAGGACAAAGAACAGAAAACUGGAAGAACUUUUAUAUGGCACAGGAAUACCUAGAUAAAUAUUAUGAAGAUCACACACAGCCAAUUGGUAUGUUGACAAGUACUGACUCCAUGUCUACAAAGCUAAGAAAAAUGCAAGCAUUCCUUGGUCUACAAGCCAGUGGAAAACUUGAUUCUGCAACAAUACAGGCAAUGAAACAACCAAGAUGUGGAGUACCUGAUGUGGCACGUUAUCGUCAUUUUCCAGGAAAACCAAAAUGGGAGCAGUCUGCAGUAACAUACAGAAUAAAGAAAUAUACAUCAUCUAUGCACCGUGCUGAUGUAGAUACAGCAAUAGACUUGGCAUUGAAAGCUUGGAGUGAGGCUGCACCCCUAAACUUUGCAAAAAUGACCAGUGGAGAAGCAGAUAUCAUGGUAUCAUUUGAAGUACGAGACCAUGGUGAUUCUUACCCAUUUGAUGGCCCUCGGGGCACAUUAGCACAUGCUUUUGCACCAGGAGAAGGAUUGGGAGGUGAUACUCAUUUUGAUGAUGAGGAAAGAUGGACUAUGGGCAUCAAUGGUUUUAACUUGUUCACUGUUGCUGCACAUGAGUUUGGUCAUGCCCUUGGACUAGGACAUUCUACUGAUCCAACGUCUUUGAUGUAUCCGACUUAUAAAUAUCAAAAUCCCAUUGGUUACCGUCUCCCACAGGAUGAUGUCAAAGGAAUCCAGAGUUUGUAUGGGCCUAGAAAACAAGCUCCAGAGAAACCUCAGUUUCCACCUCAGCAGCCUCCACAGCAACCACCAAAGCAACCAUCACCACCAUUUAACCCAACAAUUUGUGACCCAAAUAUAUCAUUUGAUGCCGUCACAGUGCUUGGAAAAGAGCUCCUGUUCUUUAAAGAAAGAUAUGUUUGGCAUAGACAAACACAGCUAACCAGUGUCAAACCCAACUUCAUCAGCAGUUCUUUUCCACACCUUAUGGCAAAUGUUGAUGCAGCUUACAAUGUCCCAGACACAGGAAAUGCAUACUUUUUUAAAGGGCCCUACUACUGGAAAACAACGGGAAAUCAGAUCUUGUGGCAAUCACAUCCAAUCAGUGAUUUUGGAUUUGACAGUAAUAUUCAUCAAGUUGAUGCAGCAGUGUACAUGAAAGAAACAGGAACUACACUGUUCUUUGUUGGAAAUCUUUGUUACAGCUAUAAUGAAGAAAAACAGAAAAUGGAAAAGGGGUAUCCAAAGAAAACUGAUGAAGAAUUUGCUGGAAUUCCAAGCAAAGUCGAUGCAGCUGCUGAAGUGAAUGGAUCUCUUUAUUUCUUCUCAGGCUCCAAGGUCUACAAGUACGAUAAUGAAGCAGAAGAUGUUGUUUCAGUCACUAAAACAAGCUCCUGGAUUGGAUGUUAAAUUUAACAAAGCAGCAUGUAGCUUCUGCAGCCGUUCUACACAACUGCUCUGUUGCUCAGAGCAGUAUUUGAUAUUUUAUAUAAUGAAUCUUCUGAAUGACUGUUUUCAAUAUCUAGAAUUACUGACUGAAGAGACCUUCACCUGUGACUUUUACUAAAAUAUGCUAUAUAUAGUCUUCAGUUUAAUCUUUUAAUGUAGAUGUCAUAAAAGUAAGAUAAUGUCGUCAACAUUAUUUUCUUCUGAAAGUAGGUUCUAAAUAUUAAGCAGAUAUGUCAGCAUUUAAAGUUACACCGCCAAACAAUUUAGACUUUCACCUCAUAAUUACCCAGACCAUCAUAUAUUUUUGAAGAAAAAAUGUAAGAAUUCAACUGUUACUUAAUACACUGGAAUGUACAGCAUGUCGUAAAACCAAAAGUAGACAAAACAAGUCAAAUUUUCAUACACAGCUUUGGUUGAAAUGGUGUACUCUGUUUACCACACAGAGGCUGGAGGAGGAGGAAAAAAUCCAAUUUUCAUUUUGUGAACUUGAAUAUUUUUUAUGGUUACAUCUUUAAUGUUCUGUUCUUUUGAGUAUUGCUUCUACCAUAAAGGACACUAAUAGAACCUAAUAUAAACUUACAUUUGUUAAAGGAUAUAGUGGUGCUAUUUAAUUAACUAUUACUAGUCAAAUGUAAAAAUGGAUUGUCACCUUUAUUCUUUGUACAUAUAGUCAGUCUCAUAUUGUCUUCAUUUUUGCACAUGACCGUGCCAUUUUCUUAUUGCAGUAUUAUUUAUUGAAGAAUAAAUGCCAAUGUUCCUAGCAAUGUUCCAACCCAUAACAGAGUAUUGUUAAUAACAUAGAAAACUCCUGCAAAAAGUCCAGGUGAAACACUAUACCCAUUAAACGUAUAUGAUGUA